UCCGGGUCAGUGAGCUUCAGGCCCGCGACGAUGCCACGCCACCCAGCCUCCCUUCCCAUCCGGCAUCCAGAAUUUCUCUCGAUCUAGAAGCCGCCCAUGAAAGAGAGUUGGCUCGCAGCACGGUCACGGUUUCGCGAUGGCGAUUGCUGCUGAUUCCACUGUAGGAGGCGUGCGUGGUGGUGGUGGUGGUACAGUUGACAGUUCUUGCUUUUUAUUCUCCCGCUCCCGAAACGACAGGAGGAAGGAGACGGCAAGAGGGGAGAGAGGAGAGGAGAGGAAAGCGGGCAUUUCUUUCUCCUCCUCUCGUCGCCGGCCAGCCCUGCCCUGCCCGUACCGGUGACGGUGCCGCGCCCUCAGUGGCCCGGCCAUUUCGCCUCUGGACUCCCCGGGUUGAGCUUUGUCAAGAGCAGAAGUAGUCAUGUUUAGUUUUAGGAAGAAGCAUGCCUCUCGCUUCAAUUCAGAUGACACUGAGCAACAGGAAGAAAAGAUCCAAGAGCUGAGAGAUGCAAUUGGGCCUUUGUCUUCCUCUAGCGAGAAAUAUUGUACUGAAGCAUGCUUGAGGAGAUAUCUAGAAGCCCGUAACUGGAAUGUUGAUAAGUCUAGAAAAAUGUUGGAAGAAAGUCUGAAGUGGAGAACAGCUUACAGGCCAGAAGCUAUUCGCUGGCUCGAGAUUUCUCUUGAAUCAGAAACAGGUAAGAUGUACAGAGCAAGUUUUGUAGAUAGAGAAGGGAGAACUGUCGUCAUUAUGAGACCUGCAAAGCAGAAUACAACGUCCCAUGAAGGGCAGGUACGGUUUCUUGUAUAUACCUUGGAGAAUGCAAUCCUCAGCCUGCCUGAAGAUCAAGACAAAAUGGUAUGGUUGAUAGACUUCACAGGAUGGACACUGGCAAAUGCAGUGCCCAUAAAAACUGCCCGGGAAUGUGCAAGUGUUCUGCAAAAUCAUUAUCCUGAGAGGUUGGCUGUUGCAAUUCUGUUUAAUCCCCCGAAAGUAUUUGAGGCUUUUUGGAAGGUUACCAAACAUUUCCUUGACCCGAAAUCGAUCCAGAAGGUGAAUUUCGUAUACCUAAAGAACGACGAGAGCAUGAAGAUCAUGCACAAGUACAUUGAUCCAGAGGUCCUCCCCGUAGAGUUUGGUGGGAAGAGCAAUGUGGUGUACAACCAUGAGGAGUAUUCCAAGUUGAUGGUGCAAGAUGACAUCAAAAUGGCAAGCUUUUGGGCAUCUGACACAAAAACUGACCAUGUUAACAAAGUCAUUAACGAGCACUCGGUCCCCGAGGUUACGCCGCAGUCGUCUCUGGUGGCCGCGAAAGCGAGUUAGAGGAGUACCAAUCUGCCAUGAUGGAGGGUUCUAUACACAAAAUUCUGAACGGCAACGUAGAGGACUAAUUGUGUGUUCAGCAUAAAUAAAUGAAGCUGCAGAAUAACUUACCUGGG